CCGCCGUUCAACUGCAGCUCGGGCGACUUCAUCUUCUGCUGCGGGACUUGUGGCUUCCGGUUCUGUUGCACGUUUAAGAAGAGGCGACUGAACCAAAGCACCUGCACCAACUACGACACGCCGCUCUGGCUCAACACCGGCAAGCCCCCUGCGCGCAAGGACGACCCCCUGCACGACCCCACCAAGGACAAGACCAACCUGAUCGUCUACAUCAUCUGCGGGGUGGUGGCUGUCAUGGUGCUCGUGGGUAUCUUCACCAAGCUGGGGCUGGAGAAAGCGCACCGGCCCCAAAGGGAGCACAUGUCCAGGGCACUUGCAGAUGUCAUGAGGCCACAGGGCCACUGCAACACCGAUCACAUGGAGAGAGACCUUAACAUUGUCGUUCACGUCCAGCACUAUGAGAACAUGGACACGAGAGCCCCCAUAAACAAUCUGCAUGCCACCCAGAUGAACAAUGCUGUACCCACCUCUCCUCUGCUGCAGCAGAUGGGCCAUCCCCAUUCGUAUCCCAACUUGGGCCAGAUCUCCAACCCCUAUGAACAGCAGCCACCGGGCAAAGAGCUCAACAAGUAUGCCUCUUUGAAGGCAGUCGGAAAUUCUGAUGGUGACUGGACAGUGGCGACACUUAAGUCACCAAAAGCUGACAAGGUCAAUGACGACUUCUACUCCAAGCGACGGCAUCUGGCUGAACUGGCCGCCAAGGGCAACCUACCUCUUCACCCGGUAAGAGUAGAGGACGAGCCCCGGGCCUUCAGCCCCGAGCAUGGGCCUGCCAAGCAGAACGGACAAAAGUCCCGCACCAACAAGAUGCCCCAGCAUCCCUUGGCCUACAACUCCACCACCAACUUUAAAGGCUGGGACCCCAAUGAGCAGUCUCUCCGGCGGCAGGCGUAUGGCAACAAGGGAAAGCUGGGCACAGCCGAGUCCGGCUCCAGCGACCCCUUGGGAACUCGCUCCCAGCAUUACCCACCCACACAGCCAUACUUCAUCACCAACAGCAAAACGGAAGUGACUGUCUGAGCUGGCACUGCAGGGAGCACCCUGGAGACCACACUCAACUGAGAGAGGCAAAAAACACCCCGCCCACACUGUCCCUGCCCCGCCCCCCCACAUUGCACCCACACUCACUCUCGACGGGAACCGACUAGGGACCUACUGGUGAUGCAAAUCACGCUUUUCCUGGGUCAUGCAUAAACGCGUCAGGUGGGGGAAGAACUGAAGCAUGGACAUUCAGCAAUACUGCAAAGGGGAAACUGAGGCACAAUCUUUUAGCUCCAGGCCCAAGGUGGCCAACUCACAUGCCCAAACUGUGGGGCUAAGUUUUGUUUUCCUCCUAACUUGAAACUGAAAUCCAUGAUGAUAAAAAGAAAUAUAUAAGUAGCACAAUUUAGAGAAAUUGUCCAUUGGAGCACAUAUUACAUUUGCUACGUGCUGUCUGUUUCUGGGUGAGAGGGAAGUAGAGAAAGAACGAGGGUGGACACAGAAGCCAAGAGUGCGCUUUAGAGGAGUUGCCUUGGGAGGAAUAUGCCCAUAUUAUAUGCAUUUUCUAAUCCCAAGAAGUGAUAUGGACACAAAACGAUGACAAUUGUGGGACAGUAACUGGACCCCAACCAUUGUAUCAAUAGUAUUUUUCAUAUCAUCACUGUUGAAAGCAAAAAAAAAAACCAAACAAACAAACAAAAAAAACAAAAACCCAACAACAUACACUUGAAAUCACAAAAAAUAAAUGGACCCUGAACCCACUGACAGUGAUCGGAAAGAAAGAGCUUUUUAGAGGACUCGCCUAGAGACCAUGACCAUGGGGAUGGGGGAGAGGCGGGGAGAGGAUCCAGAGAGAAUACAAAAUGACUUUUAAAAAGGACACAUAUAAGCCUGCUACAAAACAGAGAAGAACAGCAAAUGAACUUUUGUCCAAAAUGUUCAAGACUUGGGAGAUCAGAUUGAUGCCACCACCAUCACCACAACAAAAUCUACAUCUGGAAAAGUCAACAGAGAUGGGAUGAGGACCCAGAAGCCUCUGAUUUCUGGUGGUUCUCCUUCCCCUCCCAGACCUGAAACAACCACAGAAACAAAGUCCUCUAUGAACUGUCUAUCUCUGAUUUCCCGUCCCCUUUAGCGCGUUCCUGCCGCCGCUGCCAAACGUCAACUGCUUUGGACUGAAAAUGUUAUAAGCGUGGGUGGUGCCUUCAAUGUGUUGCCGUUGUUUCAUGACAGUCUUGUUUCUCAAGUGCGACCUGUGUUCUUUUAGCCUUCCUCCUUCCUGUUUUUCUGCAGUGGUAGACAUUGUUUCUCUUCUUCCUGUGUAGGUGAGCCCAGCCCGUAACACCUCUGAGGGGCUGCUGCGGUGUCAGCAGUACCUAAGGACACUCCUGCUGUCCCCACAGUUCCUCCCAGUCACCUCCCCGCAUAUCCCACGCCUUCAUCACUCGCCUGGAAUUUCCUGAGGUUAUCUUUGAGAUUGGUUCUUAUAACCAAGAGCCCUGGGAUAUCCCAACAAAAAAGCAAUUUUCUUAAAAGUCCCGUUUGUCUAAUGACAGCCCUGAGAGAUACAAGGAGGGAGAAGAGAAUAUUAUAUAAAGUGAGAAGUUUCCAACUAGCCCCCGAACAGCUUAGCUAAUUGAUAGGAACUCCAGAACACCCACAGACCCUUUGUUGUCAGAAACUGCCAACGAACGGAGUGUUUCUUGCAACAUUCUGCCUGCCAUCUCUCCACUCUAGCGUCAUAGAAUCAGCACAACCAGGUAUUUAUUCUCCCCCUCACUCCCUGCAGAUAUGGAGACACUGACAUUACCUUUGAUCUCUCUGGGCCUUAGUUUCCUGUCUGAGGAAUUGGGGCUAGGUCAAGCUUUUUGAAGUAUCAAAACCUCUGCCUAGUUUUAAGUUGACAUCUUGCAAAGAACCUGCUAUAUAAGGUUUCCACGAAUAGAGAGACAUGGUGUGAGAUGUAGCAGGGGUCAGAGACCCUUUCAUGCUGAGGCCCUAGCACUCCCCAAAGUCAGCAGCGGAGUCACAGUGCCGGGCAUGGUCAAUACCCCUUUGAUGUUAGUUAGCUAUAGACCUGCAACAUGUAGGUAUCUCUCUGUAUCAUCAUUACACAAUAUUUGUAUCUAAAUUGCUUCAUUUUUAAUAUACAUUAUUUUUAAAAGGACAACUUCCUUCCUCCAUUGUAAACAGAAGAUCAGUAUCAUUUGUCAUAAAUAGGAAUAAGAAUUAAAAGAAGUGCAAAGACAACAAGGCAGCAGUGAUUAAAUUCUAGCUAAGUACUGGUACCUGUGGGAACUUCACACCCUCAAGUCUGGCACAAGCUUGCUCUAUUAAAAAGAAAUUAGGAAAUGUGAUAGUUGUUCAAGAUACCAGUACCCGAUGGAGACUUUCCUUGGAUUAAUCAGAUGAACCAAAGGGUAAAUUAAAAAGGAAUCCUCUCUUCGGGUGAGUCUGUGUUGAAUAGUACUAUAUCCACUGUACUCUACCUACAGUCAUUUUGCAUAAACUAGAGGUAAACAGCCCACACUUCAGGAAAUUCUGAGUUUAUCUGCAAGUCUCCCUCCAGCUCAAAGGUUCAAUGAUUCCUGCCUCCCUCCUCGCUUAUCCUUGGUCUUGGGCCUCAACCCACUUUAUCUCGCCCUUAUCUUAACUCUAAGGGUUUUUCUUGGUCUCUGAGUCUGUUGUGUUUUACCUUUUCCUCAUGCUGCUCCUUUUUGAAGCAAACUUCAUCCCGUGAACUUGGAUCCUUGGAAUCUGCAGAUCUAAUUUUGUCAGCCCUGAUGUAGCCUGUUCUGUAAGAUGAGGAAGCCCAUGGCGAAGCCCAGGAGGAGUAGGUUACUGUCCAAGGAGGACAUCCCCAGAAGUACUCCCAUCUCAACACCUUCUACCGAGGGGGACAGUGUAGAGAGAGGACUGGAGGAGGAAGUUUGGGCCGGAAAGGCCUGUUUCUCCUUUGACUUCCUCUGGGAAGUGUAGACGGACCUCAUAAUACUGCCGGUGAGGUGAUCUGCGGAACUGUAUGACUGCCAAUUCCAAGGCAAGGGUCCUACAGCCAAGGUGAAGAGACCUAGCAAAGAAAAACCUGAUGAAAACAGACUGUCCUCUGCUCAUUUUAUGCCCUGGCACUAGCCUCUUCCUCCCUCUGGCUGUGCCCUGAUUUCCAACCCAGGGGGGCCAGUCUGGCCUCCAUUUGCCUUGGGCUCUGCCUGGCAUCCCCAUCGAAUUCCUCCAGUCUCUUUGUGUAAAUGGAGCAUAUUUUAUGUGCAAAUAUUUUAGUAACCGUAUGUUCUGCAAGUAAACCUGUGUUAAUACUUGUCACAACUGCAGAGUUUAUGAUACCAAUAAUACUUCCUACAAUGAAGAAAAAAAAACAUUUGUUUGUUUUCUAAGAAUGUUUAUUUGUAAACAUAUGUAUUCACUAUAUUAAUAUGAAUUUCUUACCUGGCAAUAAAACUGAUUAUAUGUGAUCCUGUUGAGGUUGCUGUGCAUUUUUCUAGGGCUCUACAUCCUAAUCUG